AUGGCAAUCGACGAUCUCGCCACCAUCGAUGCCUCAAAAGAGAACUGGUCUAUUGUUUCAAAGAUGAACCGUUUGUGGCUAAGUCCGAGCUUAUAUGAAUCCAAGCUUCCAUUUUCCAUGGACAUGAUUCUUAUGGAUGACAAGGGUUGUAAGAUUCAUGCUUCGGUUAGGAAGACUCUGAUAUACCGAUUCCAAUCUUUGCUAAGUGAAGGACGUGUAUAUCAGAUUUCGUUCUUUGGUGUUGGUGAAAGCGGUCGUGAUUUCCGACCAACCUCGCAUCCAUUCAAGAUCAACUUUGAUAUUCAUACAUAUGUGCGCUUGGUUCCCAACAAGGCCAUCAACUUAAGCCCGUACAUUUUUGUGUCAAUAUCUAAUAUAAUGUUCAAGGAUCUUGAUACGUCUUUUCUUAUAGUGCUGAACAAGAGUUUGAAAAAGAUGGUGGGAAGCAGAAAAGAAUUACUAUUGAACUUGACCAAGAUGGGUACACCCAAUGGCUCGGGUUUUAUGCGCCAUCUUGGAUCUGUUGAUGCAACUAAUGUUGUUGUUGUUGUGAGUUGUGUCAAAAUAAAGCCCUUUAAUGGUAAGACAAGUCUCCAAAAUGUUUAUGGAGCUACAAAGGUUCUUUUUAAUCCUCUCAUAGAAGAAGCUGCCCCUCUCCGAACUCGGUUCUUGAAAUCACAUGAUAAUGCGGUGCAUGUCAUUAGUCCGCUGCUAGAUUCUGCAAAGAAAUCUACCCCUGAAGAUGAUUUUCUAAAGCAGAAUGAUGGGAAAACCAUCGAGCAACUCAAAGAUCUUGCACAGAUUGUGAAUCAGUGUUUUAAAACUCGGCUCGGUCAUCGACUCGGUGAGGGUACUGAGUUAAUGGGUCAUUGGUCGGACCAGUGA